AUGGCCACCUGGUUACCAGCGGUCCUACUGGUGCUACAAGUAACCACUGCAUCUUCUGAAGAGCCCAUACUGGAGUUUUCCACAGAUACGCCCAUCAAUAAUGUGGCACAGGACCCACAGACUGGCCGUGUUUACCUGGGUGCUGUCAAUGCCAUUUAUCAGUUGAACUCUUCAUUGUAUCUUGAGGCCAGAGCUGAAACGGGGCCCAAGAAAGAUGCGAGGGGUUGCACCCCUCCGGUGUCUACUUGUCAGGACCUGAAAGACACCAACAACACCAAUAAACUCUUGCUGGUUCAUUCGGAUAACGGGUCGCUGAUAGUCUGUGGGAGCUUAUACCGAGGAAUCUGCUCUCUGCUCAACCUCACCAAUGUCAAAGAGCAGAUAUACUACAGCGACAGCAAAGGGGAGCGGACCUAUGCCGCCAGCACAGAAGAGCACGUUUCCGUGGUAGGAGUCAUGGCCACGCUUGAAAUUGACGAUAAACCGUUCAGCGUCUUUUUAGUCGGGAAGGGCUACGGAAGCAUGGACAGCUCCAAACUCAUCAGCACCAGAAUCGUGCAGAACUACCGCGACUGGGUCGUGUUCGAGAGCAUCAUCGAGGCGUCUACGGUCCAGGCUGUUCCCUUCGUGCCCAAGUAUCUUCACGACUUCCGCUUCACCUUCAAAAAUGACAACUUUGUCUACUUCUUCUUUUCACGCACUCUCGGCGGAACAGACAACAAGAACUUUACUUUCGUUUCGCGCCUCUGCGAGAAUGACAAUCACUAUUAUUCAUACACGGAGCUUCAGCUUAGUUGUGGUGUGAAGAAUCGUUACAAUAAAGUCCAGGCCGCAUAUUUGACAGACCCGGGGAAAGAGCUGGCUCAGGCCAUGUCCGAAUCCGGAGAGUAUGGGAAUGUCCGGGAAUGGGAUAAAGUCUUGUUUGUGGUGGCUAGCUCAGAGGAAGGGGCCACCGAAUCAGCUCUGUGUAUGUAUCCCACGUCCAGUAAAGAUGAUCCAUGUGUCAAACAUGAUAAAGACAUUGUGAACCAUUACAAGUGCGGAGCCGAUUUUCUCCCGUCUCCAUUGGCCAGUCGACAGGAGUUUGCCUUGAAGGCCAAUCCCGUCUUCAUCAGGCAGAACCUGCUGACCGCGGUGGCCGUGGCUGUCGAGAAUGAUCACACCAUUGCUUUUCUGGGACACAAUGCCGGAGAGGUGAUAAAGGUACAUUUGUCAAGCCAUCCAGAGGCGUACAACCCCGGUCCGGGCUACAAAACCAGCGGCUACAUAAAUAAGAACCUUUUCUUUGACAAAAUCCAGGCGCACUUGUACAUCACCACUGAGAAAAAGAUCACAAAGGUGCCCGUACAGGCCUGCCAUCUGAAGUCAGACUGCCAGUCGUGUGUCGCUCAGAGAGAUCCGUACUGUGGCUGGUGUGUCCUGGAGGGAAGAUGCACCAGGAGAUCGGAGUGCAGUCGUGCGGAGGAAAAGAACGGUUGGCUGUGGAGUCCGACCCAACAGUGUGUGAAAAUCAUCUCUUUCCACCCGCCAAAUCUCAGCUGCUUGAAGUCCCAGCAGGUUGAGAUAAACGUCCGAGCGCUGCCGAUCCUCAGAGAUUCAGACCGUAUCCACUGCGCCUUCGGCUCUUAUCAGAGCAACGGCAGGAUGGUGGACGGCCGAAUCAGUUGCCGCUUACCUGAGCAGCAUCUUAUACCAGCGACACCUGCGCACCAAGAUUUUGUGGCGGUUCUGGUCCACAUCUUUGUGAACGGUAGCGUGGAGGUGGCUUCCAGCGAGUACAAGUUCUACAACUGCGCAGCGACAGUCCGGAAAGCAGAAAAUACGCCAUGCACUUCCUGUGUAAGCAGCGCUUGGGGAUGUCAGUGGAACAUUGCGGCGCAUACCUGCACGGAUCUGAGCAACGCAGAAACCGGCGCCAAUAUAAUCAAACACAGACAGAACAAGAGCUGUCCGCGGUUCGAGAAUCCAGAUCCCGUCCUUAUCCCGGUCGGAUACAAAACCCGGAUCAGUUUUGAGGGCAUCAAUCUGGACCCAUACAAGGGCCGUGAUUUCACCAUCGGAACAGAGCUGAUGAAGUUUGAGGAAGAUGUCAAGACGGAGCCGGGACCCUUCUACUCUUUCAGCGGUUAUGUGUUUUACUUUGAUAGAGCUCACGAGACCAGCGUUCUGUUCCACGUAAGAGACAAAUACACGGGAAAGAAGAUCGACAGCAGUCUUAGCGUCACUCUGUAUAACUGCUCUCUGGGACGUGAAGACUGCAGCCUGUGUAAGAACGCCGACCCCAAAUACCAGUGUGUGUGGUGCACGCAGACCAGCUCGUGUGUGUAUGAGCAGCUGUGUGCCUCGAGAGAGCCGGAGGAGUGUCCUGACCCCCAGAUCACCGACAUCACGCCGAGAUUCGGGCCUCUGAAAGGAGGAAUAGCUGUGACUAUUAAGGGCUCGAACCUGGGCAUUCAGAAGGACGACAUUAAGAACAUCACAGUGGCUGGAGUGCCGUGUAAACACCUGCGGGAACGGUACUCCGUCUCCACCAGUGUGGUGUGUGAAAUCGGCCCAGCGAAACUCUACAAAACCGGAGAGGUGGAAAUCGAGGUGGGCAGAGGAAAGAAAGGCAUAUCCACAAAAACGGUCCGCUUCACCUACAGGGACCCUGUAGCACAGAGCAUGUCUCCUGAACGAGGUCCUAAAGCAGGAGGAACCAUCCUCACUAUCACUGGGAUGAACCUGAAUACCGCUUCAAAAGAAGACCUUCAAAUCAUGGUGGGCGAUGUGCCCUGCCGAGUUGAGAGCUUCGGAGAGCGGAUCACCUGUAAACUGUCUGAGUAUCUGGGCGAUACGGUUCCGUCGGCUUACCUCACCUUCAGAGUUCAAUACGGCAAACACACCACAACCGCCAUCAGGACGGCCUUUCAGUUCUCCAACAACCCCUCUGUGUCCGACCAUCAACCCAGGAGCAGCUUCAUCUGUGGUGGCAGAACAAUCAUGGUGGUGGGUUCUGGAUUUGACCUGGUCCAGAAGGCUUCUAUCAGAGUGGUGGCGUCGGCUGGAGAAUGGUCCAGACAGACCGUCCCAGAAGAGUUUGUAGAGCAGUCCACAUUCAAAAACGACACCUUGAUCAAGUUUGUGUCACCUGCGGUCAACGAGUCUCAGUUCUUCAGGACGUACGUGCAGCUCGAUAACCUCCAGACCGAGCUGACACCGUUUGAGUAUCACCCUGACCCCACGUUCGAUAGCCUCAGCAAGACCGUUAUCACUGAAAACAGCAUGAUCAUCGUGACUGGUCGUGGUUUUUCUAAAGCGAUGACGGCGAAAGAAGCGCAGGCGUUUGUGGGAGACGCCCAGUGUAACGUAAACACGUUACAGGAUGAUAAAUUAUUCCUGGACCCGCCGUCGACCGUACCCAGUGCUCGAUCCAAGAGACAGAGGAGAGACACCGGCUCCAACCCGCUGGACCUGGUGAUUAAGUUUGGCAAUGGCGAGUGGUUGGUCGGCUCAGUUCGGUACGAGAGGAAGUACAAUCUCCCGCUGCCCAUCAUCAUCCCGGCGGUGCUUGUUCCCAUGCUGCUGAUUAUCGCCAUCUCCGUCGUCUGCUACAGGAGGAAGAGCCAGCAGGCUGAGCGAGAGUACGAGAAAGUGAAGCAUCAGCUGGAGAAUCUGGAGGAGAGUGUUCGUGACCGCUGCAAGAAAGAGUUCACAGAUCUGAUGAUCGAAAUGGAGGACCACACCAACGACAUCAGCGAGGGCCGGAUCCCGUUCCUGGACUACAAGACCUACACAGACCGCGUCUUCUUCCUGCCCUCGAAGGAUGGCGCCAACGACGUCAUGAUCACCGGCAAACUGGAUAUCCCAGAAUCCCGCAGGGCUACGGUCACCCAGGCGCUGAACCAGUUCUCCAACCUGCUCAACAGCAAAACUUUCCUCAUCAAUUUUAUCAGAACGCUGGAGGGCCGUCCGGAUUUUAACGCCAGGGCCAAAGUGUAUUUCGCAUCUCUGCUGACCGUAGCGCUUCACGGUAAACUGGAGUAUUACACAGACAUCAUGAGGACGCUUCUGCUGGGGCUCAUGGAGGAUUAUGUUCACAGCAAGAACCCUAAACUGCUGCUCCGCAGGUCUGAAACGGUGGUGGAAAGGAUGCUGAGUAACUGGAUGUCCAUCUGUCUCUAUCAAUACCUGAAGGACAGCGCCGGAGAGCCGCUCUACAAACUCUUCAGGGCCCUAAAGCACCAGAUUGAAAAGGGGCCGGUGGACGCACAGGUCAAGAAAGCCAAAUACACGCUGAACGACACCGGCCUUCUCGGAUAAAAACAUAUCUAAUCAGUAUUUUCUGUGUGCCGGCAGACGCUGCAGGUGCUGGUUCAGGGCGAGGGGCCGGACAUCACCCCCGUGAAGGUGCUGAACUGUGACACCAUCUCUCAGGUGAAGGAGAAGAUCAUCGAGCAGGUGUCCAAAAACCUGCCGCACUCUCAGAGACCCAAAGUAGACGGCGUCACCCUCGAAUGGCGGCCCGGCUCCACGGGACAGAUCCUGUCAGAUCUAGACGUGACGUCACAGAAGGAGGGCAGGUGGAGACGCAUCAAUACGCUGGCGCAUUAUAACGUACGUGAUAAUGCAACGGUGGUCCUUUCCAGAGUUCAGCACACACAACAGUCGUACGAGCAAAAUCACGAUAACCAUGAAGAGAGAAACGCCCUGCUGGAGGAUGAUAAAGUUUUUCACCUGGUGCGACCGGCCGAUGAGCUGGAUGAGAUGAAAUCUAAGAGAGGCAGUAUAAAGGACAAAUCCAUGACCAAAGCCAUCACUGAGAUCUAUCUCACCCGACUGCUCUCCGUCAAGGGAACGCUGCAGCAGUUCGUGGAUGAUUUCUUUCGCAGUGUGCUCUGUUCUGGCGCCGCCGUCCCGCCAGCAGUUAAAUACUUUUUCGACUUCCUGGAUGAGCAAGCCCUCAGACACGAGAACGUAGACGAGGAAACCAUACACAUCUGGAAGACCAACAGUUUGCCGUUGCGUUUCUGGGUGAACAUACUGAAGAACCCUCACUUCAUUUUUGACGUGCACGUGAGUGAGGUCGUGGACGCCUCUCUGUCCGUCAUCGCUCAGACCUUCAUGGACGCCUGCACAAAAACAGAACACAAACUCAGUCGGGAUUCUCCCAGCAACAAAUUACUCUAUGCAAAGGAGAUCUCCACCUACAAAAGGAUGGUAGACGAGUACUAUAAAGGAAUCCGGCAGAUGGUGUCAGUCAGUGACCAGGAAAUGAACACACAUCUGGCUGAAGUGUCACGGGCACACACAGAUAAACUGAACACACAAGUGGCUCUUCAUCAGCUCUACCGGUACGCCAGCAAAUACUACGAUGGGAUCAUCAUGUCUCUGGAUGAAGAUCCUGCUGCCCAGAGUAAACAGUUAACACUGAGACUGCAGCAGAUCGCCGCAGCGCUGGAGAACAAAGUGACCGACCUCUAACCCUGUCAGAGAGAACGAAGAACGAACGCUCUCAGUCUGUAUUUAGCUCAUCACUAUAAUCAGAUGUUCAUUUUCUUCCUGUGUAGAGACAAAGGUUUUAAGAAUCGUAUUCUAUAUAUUUUUUAAUGUGCAGUCUUUAUGCAGAAAGCUUUAUAAGAGGAGAAUAACUUUUUAAAUAGACGGCCUUGUAUCAGUUGUUUUUAAAGCUUCUGUGUGUGUGUGUGUGUGUGUGUGUGUGUGUGUG